GUUAUCACUACGCCGUCCUAGCAAGGUGCUUUACGUUUCGCGCUCGGGAUUGCGUCGGGCUUGCUGAAAGACACUUGAAUUCCGUGCAUGGCCGUGCGAGUUGGCCUGGUAGUUUGAAGACGACGAGGACGAAGAUUGGCGCGUCAAAGCGUGCUCCGCGUGCUGUUGCUUUCGGCAAUGUUCACAGUGAAAGUUUUGCUGCUUGUUUAUUUCGCCUGCGCGUCGGUACAAGAAGAGGAGGCACACUGCACUGCGUGUUCGUUCGAAGUGCUCUGAAAGAAGCCGACGUUGAUCCGACUAGCGCGUCUUUGCCGAGCCAGUGGCUUGCACGGGCACGCGUUCCUUCUGUGGCGUCCCCCUCUUCUUUACCGGCGGACGCAGUUGGUGCAGCUCUUGUGAACCGGGAGGACGCAUCUCUCGUCGCCCUCUGCCCGAUGCCCGCGUCUUUCGGCCGAUGACAUCGACGGCGUACGGCGGCGUUGCCAUGUCAGCCACCAUGAAGCGGAAGCGGCCGCAGAAGCAGCAGCAGGAAAUGAAGAAGCCCACUUACAGCCGCGGCCUGAAGGCCUACUUCAGGCGGCACUCCCUGGACAUGAGAGCCCCUUGCACCGACGCCGCCGACUCGCCCACAUCAAUGCGCCAGCUUUGCUGGCUGGUGCGGAACAUCGGCGUCUGGAACAGUUUUCUGGAAAACGUCGGCCUCGAGCUGCGCGAGAACCGUCCCGGUCGCCUGUCCCUCUACACUUUCGCGCGCUGCGACCCGAGUAUGAACGACUACGGCUCCGUGUGCGUGACGUUGCUCGCCGAGUUGCUCGCCACCCACCGGUGCAUCUACUUCGUCCAUUUCGGCUAUUCGGGCAAGCUGUUCGGCAUGAAGUCGAGUGUGAUUCAGCACCUGACGCCCAACUCUUUUAUCGAGCAGUUCCACGUUGACGGCCAGACCAUGGACCGCGACGAGGCGUUCAGCUUCAUUCGGGCAGUGUGGCGGGCCAAACCGCUCAGCGUGCAAGUGUGCAACAUACCGCUGCGCCGCUGUGACGUGCACUCCAUGUCCAUCUACGUCGAGGUCACCUCGACGCUCCGGGAGCUGGCGCUGGUCGACACGGGCUUCAAGGUAGCCGACGCCAUCGUGCUAUUCAAGGCGCUCGAAUCCAGCAAGACGGUGGAGUACGUACGGCUCGAGAUGAACACCGUUGGCAUACGGGGCGCCAAGCAGUUCGCCGCCCUGCUGCGCCGCAACACGACUCUCAGGUCAGUCACCCUGCAGCGGGUCAAGUUGCAGGCCAAGGGAGCUGUGGCCAUAGCGGCCGCGCUGGCCGACAACACCACGCUGGCUUGCCUUCGUAUCGCCAGCAACGCCAUCGGACCUGUGGGCGCACGGGCGCUCGCCGACACGCUCAAAACGAACAGGUCGCUCACAGUGCUUGACCUGCGGGACAACGCCAUCGGCACUAACGGUGCGAUGGCCUUCGCGGCCACCUUGAAGGUGAACUCGAAGCUCGAAGAGCUCCACGUUUGCGGGAACGUGAUAUCAGAGGAAGGCAUCGUCGCCAUCGCGGAGGCAGUCAUGGACAACAAGUCGCUCAAAGUGCUGUCGCUGUUCGCCAACGGGUUCGGCGAGGAAGGCGUGGCCGCGUUGGGCAAGCUCGUGGCCAGCAACAGGACGCUGGUGAGGUUGAACGCGACCCUCGAGUCCAGCUACGGCGCUCCGCGAAGGCACCUCGACGCAUUCGCCGAAGCCCUCGCCGCCAACACUGCCAUCCGCGGUGUCCAGCUAUUCGUAUGGGGCACUCCCGCUAUGAAGCAGCUGUCUCACAUGCUGCCUCUUACGCAGACUCUGCAGUACCUCUGCGUAUGCACGUGCGGGCCCGAGAUCGAACAGCUGUGCGCCGCCCUGGCUCACAACAAAUCCAUCCAGGAGGUCGAGAUCAACUGCUUCCUCAACCUGGAGGAUGGCACGGCGCUGGCUCGACUGUUUGAGACGACCACAACGAUCCAGGCGGUGACGAUCACUAAGAGGGUGAAGAACACCUGUCUCAUCAGGCUUUUCAACGGCAUCGCCAAGAACAGCAGCAUCUGGUGGUUCAGCGUGCAAGGCGGCAGCCUGACGUCGACUGCUUGCACGGCCAUCGCGGCUGCCUUGGAGAGCAACAAGACACUGGCCUGCAUGACGUUGGGACGUGCCACGGCGGAAGAUUCCUGCCUGAAGAUUGUGAGCGCUGCGCUGGAGCGCAACUGUACGCUCCAGAUGAUGUGCAUGAACUAUUCGGCUACCAGUUGGCCCGCGUUGAAGAUCCGGGAGCGUCUCCGGCGUAACAUGGGCAUGAUGAUGCAAGCCAUCGAAUUCGCACUUACAAGAAACGUCAGUAAGGCCCUGGCGGAGGCCUUUGAGCUGUACAAGGAUAGCACGUUUUUUCUACAGGAGCUAGCCAAGGCAAACAGGAAUCAAGGCAGGCCGGCUGCCUCGUUGCUCAUCAAGGAGGCGGAACGCUUCAUCGAAGAAAACUACUUCCAAAUCACGGGAGUCGUGAAGAGAGACGUCGUGUGCGACAAGAGGACGAGGAUGAAAAAGAGGACCACGACAUUCGACAACCUGAACAAGUACUGCGUGCGGGAAUUGUUGUCCUACCUUCGUGUCUCGGACGUGCAGCAUUGAGCUGUUGGUGGCACUGUCUCGUUCCUUUUUUUUUUCUUAGCAAAGGGGGGUAUUUGUUAAAUUAAAUCUUUCUUGUUCUUUGUUUUUU